GUUCGCUGAUAGAGGUUAGGUUCUAGUCCUGCGCUGCAGUUAUUGUAACAAAUUCAUGCUCACCUUCAGGUGUGUGUAGUACAUAUUUCGUCACUCGAUAUUCUUACGUUGGACAAUACAUGUAAGUGCAUGGUGUGUGUUCUUCCCAUUCACAAACUGCGAGGCAGCCUUUCCAAGUAGACGAGUUCCAUAUUUAAAGUGCGUCAAAUGUGUCGGGUGCUGAGUGUACGCUAGUGAAGUGCAGCGGUUUGUUGUAAUGAAUUGAUUAUUUGUUGCUGCGUAGGACGUGGAACCUUCGAUUGGAAAUGAGCAGUAUUCUGCCAUUGACUGCUGUUGCGUAACUUGUUUGCCUCACUGUUCAUUCAUACGUAGGGACUGAAACAAUGUUCGUGGUGGAAGACUUAUCGUAAGUCGACAGAACAUCGGUCACACGAUCGUCUUGCUGAAGACACGUAGGCUGUCUGCUUGGUGCGAAGACAAGUGCCGUGAACAUUACGAAGUUUUCUAUGAGAAAGGAGGGUACUUUGCACCCCUGAGGAACCACAACUAAUUUUUUGGAAGUACAGGUUGUUCUGGUCUGAUAGUGCUGCCACGGGAUGUAGUAGGUGAGGAGGAGCGGGCAUCUUUGUUCCCGUUCCAUAACAGCCUGCUGUACCGCCAGCUUAUGUCAUCUGUCAGUGACCAGUACAGAGCUGGCAAGAGCCAGGUUUCAGAUCAUAAUUCAGCUGAGACACCAGAUGAUGCAGCAGAGAUGGCACCAAACAGAGAAAUGGAUGCUGUUGCUAUGCCAACACAGAGGCCAUUGAAUGGUGCAGCAGCAAGGCAGGACGAAGUUGUAGUGACAUGGAACACAGGCUGCUGGGCUGAUUGGCAGCUUCCAAUCUUGGUUGUUCUGUUUGCUGGCCUUGGAGUUCUAGCUGUGAUAUUUGUGAUUUUGCUAUGGCUGAAAAAUCAGAUGCUGUCAUCAUCCAAGCUCAAGGAUGUAGAGCCUGCUAGUCUGGCCACAAAGUCGUGCACCCCCACAGGGGCAGGAGUGGAAGCACAGUGGAUCUUUCAUCCUGUGAUGAAACCUCUGCUGGAAUCUGUAGAUUCAUCAGGUGUGCAGCCUCAGCAACCUGAUCGUGCUACCCUGCCAGAGGUGAUGUCAGCAACUGAAGGAAAGAAAGCUGAACCCAUAAGAAUUAAGGCAAAGGGACUUCUAGAAAGGCGAGGAUCCAGUGCCAGCUUAACUAUAGACCUGCAUCCAGGAAGUCAAGAAAACCUGGCAACAGUUGUGACACCGACCAGGGAAUGUACAACCGAAGAAUAUUUGCUUUCUGCUGGGAAUGUUCUGAGUCGGGGUCAGUUACGUUUGUGUCUGCAUGAAGCACGGACACUUCAUCGGGAAUUCUGGGAUUUGCCAUCUAACCACCCCGAGAAAGCAGAGGUUGCUGGAAGUGGUACAAAGAACCGUUACCGCUCCAUCUUGCCCAAUGAGAGGUCAAGAGUCAGAUUACCUGUUGGUAAUGAAGAUCUGUUAGCAGGAUAUAUUAAUGCCAACUAUGUCAGAGGUUAUGAUGGAGAAGAGAGAGCCUACAUUGCAACUCAAGGACCUCUCCCACAUACUGUGUCUGAUUUUUGGACAAUGGUUUGGGCUGAACACCCUCCUGCUAUUGUGAUGAUUACAAAGCUGUGGGAGAAGGGUCGACCUAAAUGUGAAGCCUACUUUCCACAUGGUGAGCCAGGAACAUGUGAAGCUACAACAAGCUAUGGGGAUAUUACCAUUACAGUCAGGAGUGUUACACACAGAGAUGGCUAUAUAAUACGGGAACUGCUGGUUCAGAGAGGCAAUGAAAAACAUGAUCUGAUGCAUUUUUGGUAUGACACAUGGCCAGAUCAUAAGACUCCACCCAGUGCUCGGUCACUUGUAGCAAUGGCCCGCGAAGUGGAAGCUGUUCGCACAAAUACACGUAGUGUGCUGGUGACUGAAGGAAUUUCAGUGAACAGAAUGAGCUGUGGAGGCCCUGUGGUGGUGCACUGCAGUGCUGGCAUUGGCAGGACUGGCUGCUUCAUUGCUGUAUCAGUUGGUAUGUUGCAGCUUCUAGAAGAAAACAAAGUAGACAUACUUGGGAUCGUCUGUCAAAUGAGAUAUGACAGAGGAGGAAUGAUCCAAACAGCAGAGCAGUAUGAAUUUGUCCACCGAGCCCUAUGUCUAUUUGAACGUUCUCUCCCUGAUCAGUCAGGCACUGGAAAUAUACAAAAUACUUCAUACAUUGGAAGGUUGAAUGAAGGUGUUAAGAAGGAAAUACUAAGAGAGGACCAGCCUGCCACAAGGCUGCUAGCUACACAGGAUAACACAAACACAGAAUAAACAAAAACGUCCGUCCCUUGAGUGGGAUUCAAACUCAUGAUUGCAGUGUUAGAGUGGGUGAGGACAGUUUAUGCCUUAGACUGUGAAGCCACUGUGAUCGUUGCAUUGGAAGAUUAUUCUGAUAUAAUGAUUACAGCAAACACUUGGAAAGACUAUAAUGCCAAGUUUUGAAAGUUCAGACUUUUCAUAAUUUAUAUAAACGACCUCCCUCCUACACUAAGGACCUCAUCAAUACCUAUAACAUUUGCAGAUGAC